UCGUCCCAAAACUUUCCUCCGAGGCACACGCAUCGAACCUUUUCCAUCCUGAUCAAUCUCACAAGUUUUUUUGUUACAACCGAGUUUAUUUGUUGUGUCUGGGAAUCGCGUAUGAUCGGAGACGACUCCAAAUCCGACCCGACGAGUGAUUUUGACCGACACCGGCCAAAUUGAAAUUGUUUUUGGUUUUUUCCUCGGUAAAAUCAUUGGCGAUUAUCGUGGUGCAGCCGACGGCCCGAAGGUCAAAAAAAUAGUCGUUCAUUUUCUCAACAGUGUCAAUAUUUUGUCCAUCCGUUCCACAGACUUUUUGAAGUUGAUGCACAGGGAAUUUUUCAUUCAGUGAUCGUUUGUUAAAUUGAUUGUGUAUUUUAUUUUUAUCUCGCUAAAAGAAUCAUACAAUGUUUCGAGCUUACGGUACAGCACCCGUCGAGGUACCUGAUGUUAUUUAUCCAUGGAACACCCUAUUCAAUAAAGGUUUUGUCAACUGCAAUACCAACGCUCUACAAUCUCUGACCCAAUUACAUGGAAAAAGCCCAUAUUUUCCGGGUCUUGAGGAUCAGAGUGGACUGAUGGAGGAACAAAAUGGACAAAUGGUCGAAGUACAUCAGGCGCCAUCAUUAUCAUCACCGUCACGAUCUUCCCCUCAUAGUCAAGGCUCAGAGACAGGCGAAAGGUAUUCUCGCAAAGUGUUCGUCGGAGGCCUUCCACCAGAUAUAGAUGAAGAUGAAAUAACAGCUAGCUUUAGAAGGUUUGGACCACUUGUAGUCGAUUGGCCGCACAAAGCUGAAAGCAAAUCUUACUUUCCUCCUAAAGGUUAUGCAUUUCUUCUAUUUCAGGACGAGAGUUCAGUUCAACAACUGAUCGACGCUUGCAUUCAAGAUGAGGACAAAUUAUAUCUCUGUGUAUCGUCUCCUACAAUCAAAGAUAAACCGGUACAGAUCAGACCAUGGAGACUGUCAGAUGCCGAUUUUGUACUCGAUGCAUCCAUGCCGUUAGACCCAAGAAAGACAGUGUUUGUAGGAGGUGUGCCAAGGCCAUUAAAAGCUAUUGAGUUGGCCAUGAUCAUGGAUAGACUUUACGGCGGAGUUUGCUAUGCAGGAAUCGACACGGAUCCGGAAUUGAAAUACCCCAAGGGUGCGGGAAGAGUGGCUUUUAGUAACCAACAAAGCUACAUAGCUGCUAUAAGUGCAAGAUUUGUACAGCUGCAACACGGUGACAUUGACAAAAGAGUUGAAGUCAAACCAUACGUGCUAGAUGACCAAAUGUGUGAUGAAUGUCAAGGACAAAGAUGUGGAGGAAAGUUUGCACCUUUCUUCUGUGCAAACGUAACAUGCCUUCAAUAUUAUUGUGAACAGUGCUGGGCAACAAUUCAUUCAAGACCAGGAAGAGAAUUCCAUAAGCCUCUGGUAAAGGAAGGCGCAGAUCGCCCGAGAGCCCUUCCGUUUCGUUGGUGUUAACAACAGUGUCUGUAGGUGCCACCAAACGUUUUAGCUAAUUAGUAGGUGAUCCUUUAGAUUAAGUACACUAUUUUAAUGGUUGCUAUUAGUGUAAUUAUGCUAAAAGCUAAUUAAGGUUUGUGUUUUAUAGUAUAACAGAGCACCUCUCUAGUGUAACACAAGUACAUAUGUAUACACUUUCUGUGUAUUUAAUUUUAUAUAAUUGUAUAUUAUUGAAUACGUGUUACAUGUAUAUGUUUAUUAAGUCAAGUUCCUUUCAUUUAAAGAAGAAAAACAUUCUAGGGAUUAAAGGAAAAUUUUUAAAUAAAUAAAUUUUUUAUUAUUGUGAUCAUAUUCUGUAACUUAGAACGCUAGGUUUACAAUAUGAGAUCUACAAUUAUUUACAGUUACCAUGGAAAAAUUUGUAAACAAACUGUGUAUACUAACUUUUACGUAUGCAUGGAAAACUUAUUUUUUAAUGGAGCACUCAUUAACUGGUGAAACUUACAGCAUUUUGCUCAUCAUUACGUUGGUUUUUUUGUUUUUUGUUUUUUUAAGAAAAUACAUUUUGAUAAUUAUAUUAAUCGGAUUCUGUUAUUUUUUAUUUUAUUUUUUUACAAUAAGAAGUAAUUGAGUUUUACUAAAUAAUGAGUGAAUUAACAAAUUAAUCCAAGAAACUUAAGAAAAAAGUAAAAUGUUCAGAAAGAGAGAAAAAAAUUGUUGCUGCAAUGUGAAAAAACAAUUAAUUAAUUUAAAGAAACAUCCAAAUUAAAUAGCAAGUUAAUUACAAUUCUUUAUAUAGAUCUGAAAUCGGUGAUUUGAUGAAAAGAAACCACGUUCACCAUAUUCACAUGUUUGUUUUCUUUUUCUUUGAUAUCAAAAGAAUGUUUGAUUUUUGUAACAAGUUGACAAACAAUUAAAAAUUUAAAUUUAAAAAUUUGCGGUACAAUAUCAAAGUUGCAUCAAAUAUCAUUGCAGUUUUUCUUAAAUUUGAUCAUUUUUCUUCACUUCUGCACAUUUUAUUACAAAAACACGUUCACAAUCUUAUAGAUUAAAUUUAAUACUUAAUAACUCUAGAAGAGAAAAAUCAUUUUGUAAAUUGCCUGAAAUAAGCUUAUAAAAGAAGGGUCUCUCGACAGCUUGGUUAAAAUUGAAUUUAGAAAAAUUGAGAAUUUAGGAAAUGAAUAUGAUUCUUUCAUUCUAGUUAUAAAUUUAAACCAUAUUCACUAACAAAAAAUGUACAAUUUUAUUAAAAACUAUCUUACAGCAUUAUCAAGGUAGGGGUGAAACAACACGUUUUUAAUGAGUAUGCCUUUACAUGGUUUUACACAUUAAAAUAUUUUUGAAAUAUUUCUUCAGGGUAUUACACGAUGGACACUAGUAUGUAUGUGCGAUGUGUGUCUAAUAACAUGUAUGUUUGGUGUAUUCCUCGCUGGAAAAAUAUAUAGAGAGAAAAAUUUGUGUGAAUAAAUUCCAACUAUUGCAUAUUUGUAUAAUAAUCUUUAUAAAACUACUUUAAACCUUUUUUGUAUCCCAUUAGGUGUAAAUAGUUGUUGUAUAAAUAAUAUACUAAAAACCGUGUAGUUCAAAAAUAAGUAUUAAUACCUUCAAUUUUUUUUUUUUUUUUUUUUUUUAAAUGAAUGUAUUAGUUUUAUUCUUGUAGAUGGAAAUUGUUUCAAAAAUUUCAGUGUGUAACCUUUCAUAACAAGACACUUGCAUUUUUUUAUAUAUAUAAGUUUACCCAAAUUUCUGCAAAUUGCCGCUAUAUUUUGUAAUGCUUAGAAUUGUUAUUUUUUUGGUUUACAAGAUUAUAUUAUUGUUUAAAAUUGUUGUUUUUGAAGUUUGUAAAACUUUCUUAUGUUUUUCACUGAAAGUAUUUUAUAUUUUUUUUUGUUUUGUGAAAUUUAUUAGAAAAUGAGUGUAUUUUUAACAUGAUUUAUUUUUUAGAAAAGUUUAAUUUAAAAAAAAAAGUAAAAAAGAAGAAAUUGGAAAGGAGACCAUGUUUCACUGUAUCUCAUCUGUUUCAUUUUUGUAAAUAUUAUUUGUACAUUUUUUUUGGUAUUUUUUUAUAUUAUUUGUCAAUAUAAAUUGCAUUGGGAUCAAUUUCUACAAGAAAUAUCGGUUUUUAUUAGGAAUCGUGAGAAAAUGUAAAAGACUCUUUUCAGCAGUCAGUUUCAUAGUCUCUUCAAGUUUUUUAUCUUUAAAAAAAAAUCAGUGAUAUAUUGUUAGCUUUUGAUAUUUAAAUAAGAUGUGUUGUUUUAUAAAUUCAUCUGAUUAGGCAGAUUGUUCUACAAUGAGGUUUGACUCCUUCUUAUAUUUAUUUUUAUAAAUAUUAUAUUGUUGAUAAUAUUUUUAUUUUUGAAAUAAAUUUAUUUGAGAUUUUGAAAGAACUAUUAUAUGUAAUUGUUAGUGUUGUUUAUGUGCAAUGCUUCUUUGUUAAGUAUAAAUUAAUAUAAACCUCUAUUUAAGUCUUAUUAGUGAUUAAAUUCAACAGAAUGUUACCAAUUAAUUAUUUAUUUUUUAGAAAAAAGGGAUACAUUGUGUAUUCUUCUUUUUUUUGAGUCAGUCACAUUCAGACUAAAUGACAUAGUACACAUUUUGUAAAACUUAGUACUUUAAGUCAACAGUUCAAAAACUAGUCUCAUGUUUUUUAAUCUACAAGUUUGAAAUUUUAUUUUAUCUACAUAGUGCUAUGUGUUAUUAAUGUAUUGUGUUUGUGACCCUGCAAGUGUGAGGUUUUAGCUUUUUAACGUGUGCGAGUCAAAUUAAUACCAGGGGCAUUGUGCAUGUGUUUGCACAGAAAAAAAAAAUUGGAAUGUAAUGAAGAUAAAAUAGAAUAAAUUCUUGUAGUUACUCACAUUUUACAUUAUAUUGUAAAUGUUGUUCCACCUAUUCAAAGUGCUUUUCACUAUAAUUACAUGAUUAACGCAAUUCCUAUUUAAUAAUCAAAGAUGUAUAGUAGUGUAUGCUGAAGGUGGUAUUCCCCUCCAAGGAGAAAUUCCUCAUGUUUCAAAAAGAAACAAUAAAAAUUAGAAAAAAAAUUAGUAGCUUCUAUUUUAUAAGGUAAUUAAAAUAUAUUUCUAGCAAAACAAAAAUUUAUGGUAAAACCAUUCUCACUCUGGCACAUUCACAAAAAAAAAAAAAAAAAUGAAGACAAAUUUUGAGAUGCCUUCAUAGUGGUGACAUUUUUAAAAUGAAAUUUAAAAAAUAUUGCACAAAUAAUGAAACUUUGCACUUGAUCUCUCAAUGUACCAAAGAGAAAAGAUCAUAAAAAAUACAACAUAUUUUCUAUGUUGAAUAAACAAGAAAUGAUAUAUAACAAGAGAGAUAGCGACAAUAUGCAAGUUAUCAGCGACUUAUAACACCCUAUGACAUUUUAAAAUUGCACGAUUAUGAUGUGGAGCUUAGGAGUAUUUUAUUACCUUGUUAAUAUAUUGUGAUCGAAGUAAAAAUAAAAAAUGUUUUACUCCCCAAAUAAUUUAUUAUAUACGAUUAUUCAAUAAUUAAUGUAGUCAAGACAGUUCUAUAUUCACUUAACUCAUAUGUAAAAUAAUUGAAAUUUUGUACUUUUUUAUAAUUUUAGUACAUUAUUUAUUUGGAACUAAUAACCGAUGUGUGUCAAACUGAUAACUUUGCAUGAUACUAAGUCAUUACAACAAUUUUGCUAUGAUAAGCUAAUAAAUUUGUUUAUUAUAUUUACAGAUAUAUAAUUGGGAAAUAUGUAUCUGAUUAUUGAAAAUAUAAUUUUUUUUAAUUUAU